ACAGUUUCCCAGCGCUGUAGGUGUAGCUCUCUCGAUCGGAGAGCGGCCCGCCCCGCCCUUAAUCAAGCGAAGCCUACAAAUCUUUGUAGAGCAGCGAGGACGGGAGGACAGACGGGACAGCCAUUCAAGCGAGAACACCUCCGUCCACGCCGUCAUUCCAUGCACCCCUUGUACGUCCCUUCUGUUGUACCGUGUUCUCAGCUUAUUUUCGCGGCCGGUAGCACCGGAGGUACAGGGCGUUUAUGGCCGCCACGCUUCUAACGAUGAGCGCUGGGCUUGCUCCAGGACCAGAUGAGUUUUACACUCUCCUAAAACCAUCGCUGUCGGACGCUUUCCUAGACGAUUCAUCUCUGUUCCCCUUUGAUGGCAAGAAUAAUGACACGGAUAGGACUAUAUCGGGCGAUUACUCUCAGGCUAAGCUGGAGAUGGAUAAGUAUCUGACCCCUGAGGCUCACCUCCUUCACGACGGCAGGAAGUCUCGCCGGGAGAGCGCGUCGACGGUCGACCAGUACUUCGGCGAUGACCAGGGCUCUCCCUACAGCAUCAACAUGAACGUGUACCUGCCCGACCUGGCCUACCUGCGCACCGGCCUGUGCCGGCCCUCAUCCCGCCAGCCCACCUGUGCCCAGGUGAAGACCGAGCCCAGUGCCCGCCCCGUGUUUGCUCAGCCCAACUGCCCGGCGCCCCCCCCUCCGCCCGCCCUGCCAGACUUCACCAGCGUGUUCAGCUCGGCGACGGGCAGCGUUGGCACAGGAACGGGCAGUGUAGCGAGCGGCCCAGUCGAGGCCCCGUCGGGCGGUGUGUACAUCAAGCAGGAGAUGCCCUCGUUCGAGCUGCCGCAGGAUGGGCCUCUCUUCCAGCUGCUGACCUCUGACCUGGACCUGCCCAUGCAGCACGGUCACCCGGGCGACCAGCCGGCCGACGCCCACAGUCACUCCCACAGUCACUCCCACGGCCAUGCCCACAUGCUCUCGCCCACCUUUGACAUCCACAUGGGCACAGGUGGCACGGGCGGCUUCGCCAUGCCCUAUGCCCAGCCCCUGUCCGGCGCCCUGCCCCAGCCCAAAGCCCCCUACCUGCCCCCCUCGCCCCCCUGUUCGGAGCCUGGCAGUCCUGACCGCCACAAAGAGCUCCUGCACAACAUGACCCCGCCACCCUCGUACGCCGCCACAAUCGCCUCCAAGAUGGCCUCCCACGGCCCGGCGUCGGGACCUGCCACGCCCAUGGAUCUGAAUUGA